AUGGUGCGAAAGUUCACUGCUGAGGAGGUAAAGGAAAACGAAAUCGUUCCACUGGUCAACGGCGGUGCUACAUUCGAGAAUUCGCAAUCUCUACACCGGGAACCAUCAGUCAGAAUCAUUAGCAUGCUCAUCCCUCACAUGCAGGACGGAAUACCCAUUUGGGUCUUUUCUGCUGGCCAACUCAACGUUCUGCGGCGGAUGGCCCAAGCACAAAUCACUCUGACACAUGAACAGGUCUGCCCCUCUAAUCGGCUUAUCAAGUGGCGAAAGGGGCGCAGCAAGAAUGCUCAAACGAGAACGCCAACAACGAUGACAACAGCAACAACAAAAACAACAACGGCUGCUGAUAGUCAAGGCGAACCAAGUCGAGAUCCCACACUCCCUGUUCCAAUUCAGCAAACUGAUUCCUUUGUCGUCGACAGCAUGCCUUCUCCAAUUAAUUCCAUAAUGACUGGCAGUGAGGGAGAAUAUUCUCCUGAAAUGGUUAAAACUCCCGAUUCCACUAAUUCGGGUUUUGCAUUUUGGCCGGAGUUAAAGGACACAGAAAUGUCGAGCACUGAGACCGUAGCAGUGAACGCCUAUGGGGCGAGCAGGAGCUUCUCAGGACCCCUUUUUGGUCGAUCGUUGGAGUUCUGGCAACACCGAGUGGGAUAUCCCUUCCCUCCGUGCAUCUGCAACAUGCUUUCCUACUUACAGCAGGUUGAGCACGCAGCUCAUGGAAUCUUCCGUCGGGCAGGAGGGAAGUUGAGGGUGCAAGCGCUUAGAGAACGGAUAGAAAAGGAUAUUAGUAAGUUUGCUUAG